UAAACAAGAGAUAGAAAAUAUGAACAGAAAAGGCCUAGUGUUAGUGUGGAUUCUAUCAUAUGAAGGUUUUCAUCUGGUUAUUGGUGAUGAAUUGUGUAUAAAUGGGGACGGUACAAUACAUGCAUGUAAGUACGGAUGCUGCGGUGAGAAGUUAAACAGAUACUGUUGUACCUUCCAUAUAUGGGUCAUAGUUUUAUUUGCUAUUGCUGCCACGGCAGUUAUAAUUCCAGCUUUGGUCAUUUUAUUUUGUCUUCUGAGAGACAAGUACUGUCACGGUAAGCCAAUGGUCCAGAACAAUCCAUUGCGCAGACGACAACCUGCCCAACUUCAGGCAGUUAACAAUCAAGACGACACUUUAGCGACUAUCAACGCAGCUGAGCCUUCGACGUCUGGUGACAAUGGAAACCCCGCCUACACUUUUCCUUAUUCAAGUUCGCCGAUAUCAUGAUUUUAAAAAUAUUGCAAAAAAUAUUUAAAAUAAAUAAAAA